AUGCCCUACUUACUUCGACUGGUCGAUGACCUCCAGCUGUUCCUCCAGUGCAAUAGGGCAGACGGCCUCUCCCUGUUCGACCUCACCUCUGUUGCCUCCCCUGCCCCGCCUGCCACUGCUGACAGCACUGUUCGCUCACAAUGGGCCACACGCGAUGCUGCUGCCCGUCUUGCUGUGCGUCGCCACUUACCGACCACUAAGCUCACACGGCUCCCUGACUCUCUUCGCUUAGUCAGGGACCACUUCCUCUCAGUUUGCCCGACCACACUCACCGUUGACCUCCUCGAGGAGCGCCUCCUAGCAGCAGAGAAAAGCAUAGUCGCUGUAGGAGCCUCUCGUGGUGACCCUCGCACCCCCGUCUUUGAGGGGUGUUCCCCCUCCCCCCUCUUGCCCUCUGUUGCUUCUGCUACUGCUGCCGACCUCGUUGGUUUCUACGAGGUCGGCGCUGCGUCCGCCCCUAGCGGGAGACGCCGCACCGGCAAGGGCAAGGGGGGCAAGGGAGCUGGAGGGGCUAGCGGGGGCGGUGGAGGUGGUGGUGGUGGCAGUGGAGGGGGUAGGGGUGGUGGUGGGAGUGGUGGCGGGGGUGGCGGCGGCGGUGGCAGCAGUGGAGGUGGAGGAGGCGGCGGUGGUGGCGGAGGGAGCGGAGGCGGCGGAGGUGGCGGAGGUGGCAGAGGCGGCGGAGGCGGCGGCGGAGGCGGCGGUGGAGCUGGUCGCGACUCUGUGCAGAGGAGUGGGUCCGGUGGUGGUCCGCGCCAGCACCAGCAGCGCGGUCGUGAGACCCUGUCCCCUCAGCAGCUUCGUGAGUGGUACGCUGCGCGGUGGGGGUACUGGUCCCUGCACUUACGUCCUCCGUACCGGCGACCGCGCUGGUGA